AUGGCAAUCCCAACAGAAGAAAAGACUGUUAUCACGGAAGUAGCGGGAUCUCGACAACCCUCGGGUUCGAUCGACACGGUCGAGGAUCCAGCUCUUGUUGCAUCUGACGAGAAAAAGUUGGAGGCAGUCGACCUUGAGGUCUUAACGGACUCCUCUGAUGAUGAGUACCAGUUUCCGACCGAGGAAGAGAGCCAGACACUUCGCAAGGUUCCUGGAAACUUGCCCUUGGUUGCAUUUGCUCUCUGCUUAGUGGAAUUUGCCGAGCGCGCAUCCUAUUAUGGUGCUAAGACGGUGUUUUCCAACUUUGUUGAGUUUCCAUUGCCCAAAGGCGGCAAUGGAGCUGGUGCGCCCCCUCGACACACGCAAGAAACCGCCGGCGCUUUGGGAAUGGGCCUCCAAGCAGCAUCUGGCCUAACCCUUCUCUUUAUUUUCCUUUCCUAUGUCAUCCCAAUCUUCGGCGGUUGGUGGGCUGAUGUCCAUGUUGGCCGGUACAAGGCAAUUAUCGUGGGCGUAGCGAUUUGCGGCGUUGCACACGUCAUUCAGGUCUUCGGUGCUAUUCCAUCAGUUCUCCAAAAGGGUGCAUCAAACGCGGCCCCACCAUUUGUUAUCGGAAUGAUUCUGCUGGCGUUUGGUGCAGGAAUUUUUAAGCCAAACAUCGCACCCACGAUCCUGGACCAGAAUCGCCAGAAGAAGGCUUAUAUCAAGACUCUUAAAUCUGGAGAGCGGGUCAUCGUUGAUCCUGAGUCGACUACUACUCGCACCAUGCUUAUCUUCUAUGGCUUCGUCAAUGUCGGUGCUUUCUUUAUGCUGGCUACUACUUACUCUGAGAAGUAUGUUGGUUUCUGGUUGUCGUUCCUAUUGGCUGGAAUCAUUUAUUUCUUGCUUCCUAUUCUUCUGUUUGCGGUUUACAAGAAGACAUAUAAGCAGCCACCGGCCGGAAACUCUGAACUUUCCCGAGCUUUCAAGAUUUCGAAGGCCGCGCUGCGUCAGAACAAGUUCCGAGUCUGGCGUAAGGACUUUUGGGAGGCUGCGAAGCCUGCUAAUCUGCGGGAGAAGGGGAUCGUUGUGGACUGGACAGAUAACAAUGUUAGAGAUGUAUCAAGGGCAGUCAGCGCAUGCGAUAUUUUCUGGUUCUACCCCAUCUGGAACAUGAACGAUGGCGGCAUUGGUUCGGUAUCAUCAAAUCAGGGAGCUUCUAUGGUGACCAACGGCGCGCCCAACGAUGUUCUCAACAACUUCAACGCGCUGACUAUCAUCUUCGUGGUCCCCAUAAUGACCUACGUGGUAUAUCCAGCCCUCCAACGACGCAACAUCAGAUUCGGCCCCAUCAGCCGCAUCACCUUUGGUUUCUUCUUAGCAACGCUCGCCGGGCUCGCCGGAACACUCGUCCAAUGGCGCGUCUACGAGCUCUCACCCUGUGGCUACUAUGCCUCGACAUGCGACGAAGUCGCCCCUAUCAGUAUCUGGUGGCAACUGGCGAACACCAUUCUCAGCGCACUGAGCGAAAUCUUCGCGAACGUGACUGCUUACGAAGUCGCCUAUGCGCGAUCUCCCGAGGGUAUGAGAGGACUGGUUAUGGCGAUCUUCCUCUUUAUGAAUGCGUUGUCGAGUGCGAUUGGCGAGAUUUUGCUUCCUGCGACGAAGGACCCGUGGUUGAUGUGGAUUUGGGGGGCGCCGACCGUUGCGCUUGCGCUGCAGACGGUGAUUUUCUGGUUCAGGUUUAAGCAUUUGAAUGAUGAGAGUUAUUAUGUUACUUCGGUGGAGAAUGCGUCUUCUGGGCGAAUGCUUGGCUUGAAGCUUGGUAUUGCUUAG